AUGGCAUUUUGUAACCCUCAAAAGUGGAAAAGAGAUGAAGCUGUAAAAUUCAAGAAAUUACCUUCCCUUUUUCACACGGUUCACCAAGUGGAACGAGGUAACAAUGGCUUAACAUCUGACGAGGAAGACGAAGCGACAACACUGAAGGCUGGAGCAGUAACACCAAUGCUAUGUGUAUCAUAUUCAUUCCUUCUUCCUCUUCAUCAUCACCGUCCUCAAUUUCAAUCUCCACCAAUGAAUCCUCCUGAGAUGAACUUAUAUUCUCUAACUCGGAAAACACUUGCCUCGUAUUCGGCCGCUUCUUCCCCUUGGAAUUUAAACACCUCAUCGCUAGCUUUGCCACUGCCACCACUUGUUCCGGUUACCGUUUGGGAUGAACUCAUAAACCAGAAUCGGAACUUCGGUCUCAAGACAGCAUCCGAGGAGCUUGACGACAUGUCUAUGGUUGAUCUGGGAGAGAAUGACGACCUCGUUGAUGAACUCCUCUACUUUGGAUUUCUUGACAGCGACCGUUCGACCAUCUACAAGCAUUCCCUUGUACACAGUGCCUUGACCACCUUGUCCAAGUAUCCUGCUUUCGCUGAAAUUCCACCAGCUAGGGCCAAGAUGCCAAAACCUGCACCUACUCCUGAAAACAACACAAAAAGACAGUCCUCACGCAAUGAUAAUGUCCAACCCUAUUCACGCAAGCGUCGCUUUCAGUACAAUCCCAGGCCAAGCGUCUUCCAUCAGAAUCGCGUUGGCACUCAUUAACAUCUGGACAACCGUUAAAGAGGUAUGGGUUGCCUGUAUAACCUCGAUUGCAUCCACAGUUUGCAUAACUGGUCCCAGAAAUGGUGAUAUUGUUGCAUAAGCAACUUGUUCUGUGUCGAAUACCUUUUGUAAAAUUAUGGUACUCUUUUCUGCUUUUGCAGCUCAACGAGUUCAAGAAGGAAAGAGCAUUCGUCUGAAUGGCCCAUCCUAUCGUAACUGUAGCAUACCCUUCAGCGAAAAAGCUCUGUGGUUUGGUUGCAUUCGAUAAAGUGUAGACUUCAUCUGUUAAGAAAGCGACUCUGCAUCCUCGGCUAGUCGAGAUUCCAUAAUCAAAGUCCUCUAUGCUGACACCGAUCACUUGGUGAGCGUCAUCAUCCGACAGAACUGCACUGCAGCAUCCGUUACCAUCACAGCUUCUUUCACCUUCCAAUUCCUUAUUUGUACAAUUUACCCAUUCGUCAGUAUAAGGCAACGCAUCGCUGGAACACCCGGUUUUGUCCAAAAAAGGGACGCUUCUUCUAAGUGACGUCUCUUUGCUUGCGGUGCAGUUCAGCUCGCACCCCACCGUUCUCGGCUCGAUGUUAGUCAAAGACGCCUUGCUGUUGCAGCCAGCCGCUACGAGGCUGUUUCCUCUCCCAAAGAAGAAAGGGCUGCCCGUCAAAUUCAAAACCGAUCCAGUCUCUUUUCCAUCUCUCGAACAUCCAACGGAGGUCAUCGGGUUUCUGACACGAAUCGACCCGAAUGACGAUGUGGCAGAAUAAGAAAUAUAUCCUUCGCCUGGCAAAGAGAUAUCCACAACUUCCAUGCCCAUCUUGAAAAGGAACGGCAAAGUAGCGUUUCUGCAUUCGAUUCUGUACCAUUCGUUGAGAUAGCAACCUUGUUGGAUUCCAAAAGGGUAUGGGAUCUUUACAUUUCCACAUGAUUCGUUUUGGCACGAGCUCGAGAGAGUGACAACUUUUGAAGCAAGGAUUAGCAUGAGUAGAAGAGAGACAAGAACAGACAAGGAGUAAUAGCACCUCAUGAUGUUUGCUUCUCUUGCUGUACUGACUUUAUUCCUUUGCUAAAACUAGCACAACCCGUGAACAAGUUUGAGUGCUGUGUCGGAAACAGUUUUAGUCCAAGGAUAAAUAGAAUCGAACCGGUGGCGAAUUUCUGAUGGCUCAAAGUCAAUAGUCAACCCCGCGUUGUUUUAACUUUUAGAUGCC